AUGGAUCACGGACGCGACCCUUGCCCCUGGGUCAUUCUGAAUGACUUUGGUGGUGCAUUUGCCAUGGGUGCCGUCGGCGGAACGAUAUGGCAUGGCGUCAAGGGCUUCAGAAACAGUCCUUACGGCGAACGGCGGCUAGGCGCCAUCACAGCCAUCAAAAUGCGCGCGCCGGUAUUGGGUGGCAAUUUUGGCGUUUGGGGUGGAAUGUUCAGCACAUUCGACUGCGCUGUCAAGGGGUUAAGGAAAAAGGAAGAUGCGUAUAUCGCGGGCUUUUUCACCGGCGGUGCGCUAGCCAUUCGAGGAGGCUACAAGGCGGCAAGAAACGGAGCGAUUAGUUGUGCAAUCCUGCUCGCCGUCAUUGAGGGUGUUGGCAUCGGCUUCCAGAAGAUGUUCGCCGGAGCGACAAAGCUAGAGGCCCCGCAACCGCCUCCUUCAAACGAAAAGAUCCUUGCGUAA